AUGCUAGAUCGUUCCCAAGCGAUACAAGAGACCCUUGCCAAGGGCAUCGAGCAGCUGGUGGGUGAUCACGCCAAGGCAGCGGCGAAGACACAGGCGACGGUGAAGUCUGCAGAAACGUCGCUUGCUGGUGUCGGAAACCAUGUCAAGACGGCCGCGGAAGGUACCAUUGCGGGACUUGGGCUGCAGGUCGACAAGGUUGUGAAGGCUGCUGUGACGAGUGCUGUCUCGGAUGCAGCGAAAACCAUGCAGGACGUUCUCGUCGAAGCCGUCAAGGGGGUGGUCAACAAGAAGCUGGAGGAGAUUAAAGCCUUCAUUGUCGCGCUGGUCGACAAAUGUGUCCGCGAGGCUGUGGCUGAGUCAACCAAGGGUUUGAAGGCGGACAUCGUCUCUAUGGUUCGGGGCACGACGAGGCAGGCCUUUAACGAAGCUGGAUUCGCAGCUCUUCCGAGCGUUUUUGGUGCCGCAACAGCUUUGGCAUGCCAAGGUGGAGGAGGGGGUGCCGGAGGAAAGCAUCCUCGUGGGGAUGAUGGGAGUGAUACGCAUGGCGGGAUGGUAGGAGAUAUUGUCCACAGCAAAGUCGCGCGGCUGAAACGAUCGAAGGCUGCUGGCGGGCUGGAGCAGGGUGUGGGGGACGUCCCAUCGAAGCAGACAUCUCGUGCGGAGGGUGAUGUUGCGCCUCUGCACAUAGACCUCACCUUGGGCACACCGGUGGGGCGUGCAGACGGUCGGGCCAACAUUGGGGCGUCCUUGCCGUCGCAAGGUUUAGUUGCGGUCGGGGUUGCAGGGUGCAUAGUGCGCAACCACCAAGUGGAGGUGGCAUUGUGUUGGGCCUCCCGACGAGGACUCUCGCUGGCCGUGGAGGUGUGGAGCAGACUGGUGUGGAAGGCGCUGUUCAAGGGGCGGCGCCGCGGGCCCAUGAGGUGCCGGGGGGUCCGCAAGGAGACGUGCACGAUUUCCUGGCAGGGAUGCGAGCCGCCAUGGAAACAGCGCCCCGUAGCCUCCACACCUGCUGCGGGCGACGACGCACCUGCAAGCGGGCAUAUUCCGCCCAAGGGUCAUCUCAGCUUCCCUCCGGACCUAUUCGACAUUCAGCUUGGUGAGGCUAAUACGUACGCAGAGGAGUGGCAGGCAGGUCCUGGCAAUACGGAUGUUGAAGGGGAGGAGUACGUGGAGAACGAGGAGAACGAGGAGGAGGAUACGGAAGGCCUCCAGGUACUUGGUGCCGCGGAAGGAGAUGAGACUGACGGCACGGCUGGUGGUGCUUUGGCGGAGGUUGAAGGGGGCAGGAGUCGCAAGGGCCCUGGCGUCCGCAAAGACAGAAACUCGCCUGGAUGGACCGGCGACAUUGUGGGUGGAGGCCGCUCUCGCUACCUGGGCCACUCGUUGAAACGGGAGGACGUGGAGUUUACAGUGCCCGUGGCCAUGAUCGUGUGGGACGGAUAUGUGUCGAAGGUGCUGUGGGACGCCUACAAGGAGGGUGACACCCCUGGAACUCCCCCAUCGUGGCCCGAGGAAUAG